AUGUCUGCGUAUUUGCAAUAUGUACCGGAUGACAGACAGAAAGUCUGUGAUACCUGUGGACGCAGUUUCAAGCCCAAAGGCUUCGAUCAUCACCAAAGAGCCUGCAAGCAACGAGCAAGAGAGUCAGAAGAAGAUGGAGAGCUAUGGGCUUCGAUCCCGCCUGUACAAGAUCGCUCUGAGCCCGAGAAUGUCCCUGAACAUACCAGUGUGGAUGAUAUCCGCACUGAGUUUCAUCCGCACACAAGGAUCACAACGUGCAUUGAAGCAUUCUCUGACUUCACACGACAACAUCACUAUGAGCCACCCUGCCCAGAUCGCCACCCUUGGCUCCCAUUCAGAUGCCAACUUGACUUUGAGGUUGCGGAGUUGGCGCACGAGACCGCACUCACUCAUGAGCAAACGACGCGCCUCAUCCAGUUGGUUCAGCGUGGUAGGACUGAAGACUUCACUCUUAAAAAUUACGCCGAUGUUCGGAAUACAUGGGAAGCAGCAUCCCAUCGCUUGACGCCGGAUACUAUUACAGUACCACUUGAUGGCAAUGACGUGAAAUAUAUAGUUUAUUUUCGCUCCCUUUGGGAUUGGGGAGUAGAUCUUUUGCGACACCCUGACAUUGGCCCUCAUUGCAUUUUCGAUGCCCAGCGGCUAUCGAAAUUUGAUGGAGACUCGUUUAUUAGGUUCAUCGAUGAGCCAUGGACCGCAGAUGCAUUUUGGGAAUGCCAGUCCCAGAUCCCUCCAGAAGCAAAACCGUUGGCAUUCAUCCUGUAUGCCGACAAGUCGAAGCUAUCAUCAUUUGGGCGCGAGAAGGGAUAUCCCGUCAUCGCUCAGCUAGUGAACCUUCCUGUCGCCAUCAGAAACGGAAAUGGGGUGGGUGGGGGACAAGUGGUUGGAUGGCUCCCACUGGUCAAAGACGACCCGAAAUACAAAGGUACCCAACAAUUUGCUAACUUCAAAGUUGCUGUAUGGCAUGCUGCCUUCAAGAAAGUGCUUGCAUCAAUCAUACCGCCUUCGAAACAUGGCCACUGGGCAAAUUGCUGGGACGAUGUUGUGAGGCUCUUCUAUACACUGGUGUUGAUACUAUCCGUGGACUACGAGGAGCAGAGUGUAAUGUCCCUCACUCGAGGCAUGAUGAGCAACUUUCCAUGCCCAAUCUGUCUGAUCCCCAAGGACAGAUUGUCUUCUGUCAUGCCCCAUAACUAUAUUCUUCGCACAUGCCAGGCAAUGAAUGACCUUUUGAUCAAGGCAAGGGCAGAGCGCCGCAAAGGACAGCGGGAGGCAAUACUCAAGGGACAGUCAAUUCGCGAUGUUGAUAACACAUUUCACGAGAUGAAUCACAAGACUACUGAUGUGCACCGCGCACUAUGCUAUGACCACCUUCACAUUCUACAAGUACUAAUCGGUCUUUUGGGACGUGACUACGCCGUAAAAGUUGACCAGAAUUUUGAUGCACUGCCACGUUGGCGCAAUAUGAAUCAUUUCGAUGCUGUCAUGGCUAUAACGUUUACUGAUGGCAGUAAAUACGAAGACAUUUUCAAGGUGGACCUGUAUGCAGCAUUGGAGGUACAUACCACGAAAACGAUAGCUGCAGGACGCAAAGCCCUUCAAUCUUUCUCGGAACUAAUGAAUAAAUACAUCUGCAAGUCUGAAGCUUUACGGCCAGACAAAAACUGGUCAUUCCCAAAGAUCCAUCUAGCUGCCCACUUAUUCGACGACAUCGAGGCUAAGGGAGCAACUCGCAACUACAACACAAAGCCAAAUGAGAAGUGUCACAGUCCUCUAAAGGAGUCAUAUCAACAACGAACCAAUUUCAAAAAUGUAGCACCACAAAUUUUACGUGCAGACCAUUGGUCUCUCGUUUCUGAGUUCAUCCGUGGUCGAGUAGAUGAACUGGCUGCAUACGAUGCUCGGAUGGAUGAAGACGAGGUUGACAAGACUGGCCCAGAUACUAACAUCACAUCCAAUUUCCAUAUCAGAUUUGGAUCGAGGCAACCGAAAAAGUCUCUUGAGGCAAUCGACAAACGACAUAUUGACAACCCUUCCUUCAGGCGGUUUCGCACCAAGCUCAAUGCAUUUUUAAAUGCUUUGCCCACUGUCUUGCAGCAGGUGAACAUGUUACCUUCUGACGAAAUAAUAGAGUUUCGAUUCCUCAAGGUUAACUAUGAGUCACUAGUUGACUUCUGCCAGACCACAGACUAUCUCCGUUGCAGCCCGAGAUUCCACAAUCUUCCCCGAUAUGACUGCGUCAUCGUUAACACCGCGACUGGUGUGUUUUUUGCACGGCUCCUAUUCCUCUUUACAUGUAAUGUCAAUGACACAUCCUAUCCCAUCGCCCUUGUACGUUCAUACGACAUGCCAAUUGGGAGGUGUCUCCAGAAGGACAAACACCUGAAAUUUUGGCGUGUUAGAUUGCAACCGAGAGAAACUGCUAGUGAGUUCAUACUAGCAGAAUCAAUCAUCCAAGGAGUCGCUCUUGCUCCCGAUCCCACUAUACCUGGUAAUUUUCUCAUUAUGGACACUGUAGACAGUGAUAUAUUUCUGCGCAUGAAGCAAAUGCACCUCGCAGCCGGGCACUUAGACUAG